AUGGCCGACCGAACUUCGGUGGAUGUGGAGGAGACUCCGCGUCUGCAAAUCGCAAAGAAGUCCAUGUGGCAGUCGAUUUUUGACAACCCCAAGGUUCUCUUUAUCGCAUUCUUCGCCUCUCUUGGCGGUUUCGAAUAUGGCUAUCAACAAGGUGUCCUCGGACAAAGUCUUGUGAUGACCCGCUUUACAGAGAACUUCCCGACCGUUGUGGCCUCCUCAACUGCGACCGGUUGGUUGACCUCCAUUCUCCAAGUUGGAGGUAUCAUCGGCUCUCUUUCCGCUGGUGUUCUCGGCGAAAUCAUCUCCCGCAAGUACACCAUGUUCAUUGCCUGCUGCUGGGUAAUUCUCGGAUCAUAUCUCUAUGUCGGUGCCACCGUUGGUAACCCUGCUUGCUUGUACGCCGGUCGAUUCUUCACCGGUCUCGGUGUCGGUCUGUUCAGUGGUGUCGGUCCUCUCUAUAAUGCAGAGCUUGCUGCCCCCGAGAUGCGCGGUCUGCUGGUCUCUUUCUACCAGCUCGCGACUAUCCUCGGAAUUAUGAUUUCUUUUUGGGUUGGCUAUGGAAGCAACUAUAUCGGUGGAACUGGCGAGGGCCAGUCGGAUCUCGCCUGGCGCCUGCCUUCCAUUAUUCAGGGUAUCCCUGCUGCUUGCUUGGCUUGCGGUAUCUGGUUCAUGCCAUUCUCUCCUCGUUGGCUGGUUAAGCAGGGCCGUGAUGAAGAGGCUCAGGCGACUCUUGCCUGGCUGCGCAAGAUUCCCGUUGAGCAUGAGCUCGUUCAAAUUGAGUAUCUGGAGAUCAAGGCCGAGGCUGUCUUUGAGGAGCGCGCCUUUGCCAAGUCGGCUCCCAAGCUGGCUGAGCGUGAGCGCCAGAGUGUGUUUAUGAACCAGAUUGCGCAGUAUGCCAAUUGCGUGCGCUCUAUGGAUAACUUCAAGCGUGUCGCUACUGCCUGGUUGAUCAUGUUCUUCCAGCAGUGGAGUGGUAUUGAUGCCAUCAUCUACUAUGCCUCGAACGUUUUCCAGUCACUUGGUCUUACCGGUGGCACUAUUGCCCUCCUAGCCACUGGUGUCACUGGCGUCGUCUUCCUCAUUUCGACUAUUCCUGCCAUGUUGAUCAUUGACAAGGUCGGCCGUAAGCCCAUGCUCAUCGUUGGAUCGAUCGUCAUGUUCUGCAGCAUGGUCAUCGUCGGAGUCAUCGUUGCCAAGUUCCAGCACGACUGGCCUGGACACGUCGCCGCCGGUUGGACCGCCGUUGCUCUUAUCUGGCUCUACAUUGCUGGCUUUGGCGCUACCUGGGGACCUUGCUCGUGGACUCUCGUUUCCGAGAUCUUCCCCCUGUCCAUUCGUGCCAAGGGUGCCUCGAUCGGUGCUUCCAGCAACUGGGUCAACAACUUUGCCAUCGCUUUCUUUGUUCCUCCCAUGCUGCAGGCUUGGCAGUGGGGGACUUAUAUUUUCUUCGCUGUUUUCCUGUUUGUCGGCAUUCUCUGGGUGUGGUUCUUCCUUCCCGAGACGAAGAAUGCCUCUCUUGAGGAGAUGGACAAGGUUUUCGGCAGCAAGAAGGGUCAGGAGGAUGCCGAGCUUCUACGCGAGGCCCAGCGCGAUGUUGGACUGACUGCCUUUGUCGAGAGACUGGGAUCAGCUACUGGACAUGAUAUGGAUAAGAAGGAGGGCUCGGAUUAUAUCGAGUCUGUGUAA